GAGACAGUCAUGGCCAAGGUACUCUUUGACCUUCUCGAGGCGCUGCAGUGUCUCCACUCUCUCCAGAUCAUACAUCGUGAUGUGCGAUCAGACAAUGUCCUGAUCUGUCCAGACGGGACAGCCAAGCUCUCCGACUUUACACAAGCGGUGCAGCUAGAGAGCAAGCAGAGCAAGAGGAGCAGCACAGUGGGGAUUGCCUACUGGAUGGCGCCAGAACUGGUGGCCUCGCAGCCUUACUCGACCGAGGUGGACAUCUGGUCUCUGGGCGCUACCCUUUACGAGAUGUGCGAAGGACAGCCACCCAAUGUCGAGCUCAGCCCCGAGCAGGCAGUCAGCGCUACGGCCCAGCACGGCCUGCCCGCACUCAGCGCUGGGCCCGAGACGCCUACAUGGUCAGAGGGGCUGCGUGAAUUCGUUGCUCUUGCUACGAAGAUGAACCCGAAGCAGAGGGGCACAGCUGCGGGACUCUUGAAGAGCGAGUUUGUGCAGCGG